GUGAGAUGGGCUUUUACUUCCAAUCAAAAGGCCCAUAGAAAGAGAAAUAGUAAAAGGCCUCAUAGCAUCACUAUAAAAAAACUGUGAUGUAAUUAGGGUUCUAUCCCCCAUUGAACACACUCUCAUCGCAGCGGCACAGCAGCCUCAGUAGGAGAAGGAUGUCUCACAGGAAGUUCGAGCACCCUAGACAUGGUUCACUGGGAUUUCUCCCAAGGAAGCGUGCUGCUCGUCACAGAGGAAAAGUGAAGGCCUUCCCCAAGGAUGACCCAACCAAGCCACCCAAGUUUACUGCCUUUUUGGGUUACAAGGCUGGAAUGACCCACAUUGUGAGAGAGGUUGAGAAGCCAGGAUCCAAGCUUCACAAGAAGGAGACUUGUGAGCCUGUUACAAUCAUUGAGACUCCUCCAAUGGUUGUUGUUGGUGUUGUGGGUUAUGUGAAAACUCCACGUGGUCUUCGUACAUUGAAUACUGUAUGGACCCAGCAUUUGAGCGAGGAAAUUAAGCGUAGGUUCUACAAGAACUGGUGCAAGUCCAAGAAGAAGGCUUUCAGCAAGUACUCCAAGCAGUAUGAAAGUGAUGAAGGCAAGAAGAACAUUCAGACUCAGCUUGAGAAACUGAAGAAAUAUGCAACUGUUAUUCGUGUGUUGGCUCACACUCAGAUCAGGAAAAUGAAGGGAUUGAAGCAAAAGAAGGCCCAUAUCAUGGAGAUUCAGAUUAAUGGUGGCACUAUUGCUCAGAAGGUUGACUUUGGAUACAACUUUUUUGAGAAGCAGGUUCCUAUUGAUGCUGUGUUCCAGAAGGAUGAAAUGAUUGACAUCAUUGGAGUGACAAAGGGUAAGGGUUAUGAAGGUGUUGUUACCCGUUGGGGUGUUACCCGUCUCCCCCGUAAGACUCACAGGGGUUUGAGGAAAGUUGCCUGUAUUGGUGCAUGGCAUCCUGCCAGAGUUUCCUUCACUGUUGCAAGGGCUGGUCAGAACGGUUAUCACCACCGUACUGAGCUGAACAAGAAGAUUUACAAGCUUGGCAAAUCUGGUGAAGAGACCCAUGAUGCCCAGACUGAGUUUGAUAGGACUGAGAAAGACAUCACCCCCAUGGGUGGUUUCCCUCACUAUGGUAUUGUGAAGGAGGACUAUCUGAUGAUCAAGGGAGGGUGCGUUGGUCCCAAGAAGAGGGUCAUUACUUUGCGUCAGUCCCUUCUUAAGCAGACUUCUCGGCUUGCACUCGAGGAUAUCAAACUCAAGUUUAUCGAUACCUCUUCCAAGUUUGGCCAUGGUCGUUUCCAGACAACACAGGAGAAACAGAAGUUCUAUGGACGCCUCAAGGCUUAAAUUUGUUUGUUGGAAUCUGUUUUUUAUAUUCUGUUGCCAUCUCUUUUAAACUCUAGUGUCUUUUAACAAUUUUGAUAAACUCAAUUCCUCAUGUUAUUUGAGUUUUUGGUACUAUUGCGAUUUAGUUGUACCCAUAUACUUCUAGUUUUUUUAAUUUAUUUCUUUUCCUUUUCUUA